UUCAUUUGUGCAAACAGUUGGUGUUCUCCUUCAAAACUAAGUGUUAUUAAUAUAAUGGAACGUUGGCAAAAUCGUGUUGCAGCCGUUACUGGUGCCAGCUCCGGCAUAGGUGCUGCCACCGUUAAGGAUCUGUUGAAAGCUAAUUUAAUUGUUGUGGGUUUGGCGCGGCGCUUGGAGCGCAUGGAAGAACUGAAGGCACAAUUAACCGCUGAACAACAAAACCGCUUUCACGCUGUCGCUUGUGAUGUGUCAUCACAGGAAUCCGUUGACACGGCAUUCGAUUGGAUCAUCAAGGAAUUGGGAGGUGUUGAUAUUCUUAUCAAUAAUGCGGGUACUUACAAAAAUGGACAGGCUAGCACUAUGGAUCCAGUGGUAUUGCAAAAAAUUGUACAAACCAACUUAAUGGGYACGGUUUAUUGCACACAGCGUGCCUUCAAAUCGAUGAAAGAACGUAAUUUUGAUGGCCAUGUGGUUCUUAUUAAUAGUAUCACAGGUCACAAUGUACAUGUGAUAUACGGUAGCAAUGAGCCAUCGGUGUUAAAUGUUUAUGGCCCGUCUAAGUUUGCAAUAACCGCUCUCACGGAGGUAUUGCGUCAGGAAUAUAGAGGACUGGGCACCAAAAUUAAGAUUACUAGCGUCAGCCCUGGUGUAACGGAUACGGAAAUUGUGCCAGAACAAUAUAAGGGCGAUGAGAUUAAAAAGCUGAAAUCGGAGGAUGUUUCGAGCUGCAUUAUGUUUACACUCUCCACACCACCGCAUAUGCAGGUGCACGAGAUCACUGUGAAACCGCUUUUGGGAGAAUAAAUUAAAAAAUAUGCAUUACUUACUGGCAGUUAAAAAAGGGCAUUUCUUUAUCAGUUGAUUUAAUGUUGUAACAAGUACAGUCAACUAUAAAUAAUAGUUAAUUCCAUUUAUUUCAACCUUAUCGGCAAGAGUGGAAACUAUAUAAAAUACAGGCACAUGCUACAGUUGAAAAAUACACUAUAUUAAACAAAAGCGAUGUUCAGAAGAGAAUUUUUGGAAAUUUAAUUAAAUUAAAUUAGAAUAAAAUCAACUGAUAGAAAAGUGCACUUCUUUAUUUGCGUUUUGAACAUUUGUUCGCUAAAAAUAUAUUAUAAGGUUUGGUAAAACUGUCUCCAAAUUUAAAACUUUUAACUUAAAGGUUGUAAAAGUCGUCAAUAUCUCCGAAAUAGAUUUCAUAUUUGUAGAGAAGACAUUACAA